UGCCAGUACCUGAGCCGCGAGGCCAAGCUCAUGCUGGCCAUCCAGGACGAGGUGGCGGCCGUCUCUGACGGCAACGGCUCCCAGUCUCCGUUCCAUCACAUCCUACCCAAGUGCAAGCUGGCGUCUGACCUGAAGGAAGCCUUUGACAGCCUCUGCACCACAGGUGUGAUUCACUUACACAUCAACAACUGGUUGGAGCUCAGCUUCUGUCUCCCGCACAAGAUCCACCGCCUCGGUCCCGAUUACAUCCCGCCGGACGCCAUCGAACGCAGUCUCAAAGCCAUCCGGCCCUACCACGCUCUGCUGCUGCUGGAUGAGGAGAAGUCGCUGCUGGCCCAGCUGCCCGUGGACUCAUCGCCGGCCCUGGUCCGUGUCGUCAAGACCACGUCAGCCAUGAAGAACCUCCAGCAGCUAGCACAGGAUGCUGACCUGGCCCUGCUACAGGUGUUCCAGCUGGCUGCCCACCUGGUGUACUGGGGCAAAGCCAUUGUCAUCUACCCGUUGUGUGAGAACAACUUCUACAUGCUGUCUCCCGACGCCAACAUCUGCGUGUUUUCCCCACAGUCUGAGCAGUUUUCCCAGCAGUUUCCCGGGAACAGCCUCACCAGCCUGCUCUCCAAGUUCUCCCUGCCGACCACGCUCUCGCAGUUCAAGAACCCACUGGCACCCCCCGUACAGGAGGCACAGCUGGUACAGAUGGUGAUCUGGCUGCUUCAACGGCGGCUCCUGAUUCAGCUCCACACGUACGUGUGUCUAAUGGUCCCGCCGUGUGAGCGUGAGCCCAUCGCCACCACCGCUGCCCGUCCCCACGACAUGCCCGCGCCCGGCCGGCCCAGUGCCCGCAGCCUCAGUGCCCCCAACGCACUCAGCUUCGGCUCUCCCACCAGCAGUGAUGACAUGACGUUGACCAGCCCCAGCAUGGACAACUCCAGCGCCGAGCUGCCGCCGGGCACUGACUCCCCCCUGAACCGCCGCAUGACCGAGAGCCUCCUCGCCAGCCUGUCGGAGCACGAGAGGAAGGCCAUCCAGAACAUUCCGGCUGCCCAGAAUCCCGAGGACCUGCGCAUGUUGGCCAGGCUCCUGCAAUACUUCCGUGGCCGACACCACCUGGAGGAGAUGAUGUACAACGAGAACAUGCGGCGCUCCAUGCUCCUGAUGCUCAUCGACAAAUUCCGCAGCGUCUUGGUGCUGAGGAACCACGAGGAUCCCAUCAUCUCCGUCUUCCAGUCCCCCUUUGUGUGAGCAACAGCUCCCUUAGCCAGGAGCUUCACAUUGUGUGUGUGUGUGUAUGUGUGUGUGUGUGUGUGUGAGUGUGCGUGCGUCUAUGUGUGCGUGCGUGUGUGAGUGCGCGAGUGUGUGUGUGUGCGUGUGUGUGUGAGUGCGUGUGUGCGUGUGUGUGUGUGUGCGUGUGUGUGCGUGUGUGAGUGCGCGAGUGUGUGUGUGUCUGUGUGCGUGCGUGUGUCUGUGUGCGUGUGUGUGAGUGCGUGUGUGUGCGUUUAUGUGUGUGUGUGUCUGUUUCUGUGUGUGUGUUUCUGUGUCUGUGUGUUUCUCUGUCUGUGUGUCUGUGUCUGUGAGCCUGUGUGUGUGUGUGUGUGUGUGUGUGUGUGUGUGUGUGUGGGUGUGGGGGGGGUGGGGGAGGCUGAACACGGGAGCCUUGACCCUCCAGUGUGUGCCCCUGUGCAACCAUCACCACAAUUGGACGAAUAAAGAGAAAUCCUUUUAUUAGCAAAAAUAAUUCUGGACUCGUUUCCCUGCAGCGUUAGUUUCGGAGACAAGAAGUGGGUGUGUGGGUGGGGGGAAGUGGGCCCCCCCUCACUCUCCCACCCCCCCCACACACACAUCCCGUGAGGGGGUCUUCACCCACUCUCUCCCCCCUCCUGGUGGAGAGAGGGAGAGGGGAGAGGGAGUGAGGGGGAGAGGGAGAGAGUGAGGGA